AUGGCUCUCAUGCCAAGGAAAGUGGUCAUCCCUCCGGAACUGCCGGUUAUUCUCAUGCGGUUUACUGAGGAUGCCAUCAGAACCCAGCCGGAGGAUAUCAUUGAAUGGGCAUCUCUGUACUUUAGAGCGCUGGUUCAGGGAAACCUUCCUGUGAGAGUGGUGCUUCCCAUGCCUGAAUCUGUGGACCUCAAACCGGAAAUUCUCGCAGCCAUGCAUGCACAGCUGGGCAUGAAGGACACAGUGAGUAAAUUAGAGGUGGUGCAGGUGUGGCGGAGAUUUGGGCUGGCUGAGGAACUCCUUGGACACAUCUUCUCCGUUGGCAGUUUUGGUGAAAAGCUUGAAUGGAUGAGAUUCUUCGCUCUGAACUGCAGCUAUCUAGGAGGGACAUUGAGGAAGGCAAUGGCUCAUGCAUGCUUUAUACUGAGCGGUGACCCAACCUGCAUGGACUCUGAUGCAUGUUUGUCAUUUGAGAUGUUCCGUGACCUGUACGUCUAUCUGGGAGAGAUGGACCGAGAGGUUUCCCAGGCCCAGAUUGAAACAGCACUCACUUACCUCGAGGCCCAAGCAAACGCUUUCUGGCGUCUGAAGCCUUCAUGGGCGUUUAUCCAGUUUGGGAAAGCGAUUGGAUAUCGUUCAGAUGAUUGA